AUGUGCAAAGCUGAGGUGCCCCUGGCAGCCAAGCAGCCACACCCAGAAAGUCACCGGAUGUCUGGAUUUGGAGUGGGGCAGCAGUCAGGGCAGUACUGGCAGAGUGGCACAAAAGACAGUGUGGAGACUCGAGAAGUUUUUAUCUCUGCCCAUUUGAAUAAAAGCAGGCAUGUCAUGAGUGGGAAAGCGUAUAAAGUGCAGAUUGCCUUUGCGUCCACACAGAGUCAGAUCCUUCAGCUCCAGGUGCACGUCCCGAAUACCCGUGGACCCAUAAGCCACAUUGGAGGUCAGCGCCGCUGUAAGAGCCGGGCCGGUCCCGCCUUACGCCCUCCGCCGAAGCCGAGGCCCCGACGGCGGAAGCCGACGCGCUGUUCGCCCGGCGCCGCAGUGGCUCCCGGCGCCGCCCAUCGGGGCCGCCGGGCGUCGGCUCCCGGACCGACGAGGCGGAGGUGGCGGCGACACCGCAGUGGCGCUCCAUGGGCGCGCCGAGCCGGCCCGCUCCCAUCCGCAGCAGGAACCGCUGCCGACCGAGCCAGGCCCCCAGAGCCGGUGCCCUCGUCGCCUCCUCCGCGGCAAUCCAGCCAGAGCAGAAGAACAUCCUCGGCAGGCCGCCUCUUCCGUUGCGCCAACGCGCAGCAAGCCAAUCCAAACAAGAUGGGGGCGGCCCGAAGACCUCGUAUCCAAUCGGCUGUCUCAUUCGAGGCGGAUCGACCGCGCCUCCGUCCAAUGAAAGGCUCGGGUCGGGGCGAAGGACGGCGAGGGUGGGGAUCCGGGCUGGGCGGAGGAGAAGGCGGUGUUGCUGAGCAGAGAGUGAUGGCGGCGCCGCCCAAUGGACGCGCUGGUGGAGGGGUCCGCGCCCCCUCCACCGGAGUACACAGAGAUUUAAAUUUUUUCUUGCUUUCUCUAAUGAAAGAAGCUACCAUGUUGUGUGCCGCCCUAUGGAGCAACCCAUGUGGCAAGGGACUGAAGGCAGCCUCUGGCCAACAGCCAACAAGGAAGUGCAGCCCGCAGAGCAACAAUUCAAUGAGGAACUGGGACUUCCCUGGUUGUGCAGUGGUUAAGACUCUGCACUCCCAAUGCAGGGGGCCCACGUUCAAUCCCUGGUCAGGGAACUAGAUCCCACAUGCCACAACGAAGAGCCCGCAUGCUGCACUAAAGAUCCCACACGCGGCAAUGAAGAUGCCACGUGCCGCAACUAAAACCUGACAAAGCCAAAUAAAUUUUUUUAAAAAUGAGGAACUAAAUCCUGCAAGAACCACGUGAGUGAGCUUGGAAGUGAAUCCUCCCCAAACUGCAGCCCUGGCCAACACCUUGAUUGCAGCCUUGUGAGAGACCCUGAGCCAGAAGACGCAGCAAACCUGCACCUGAAAUCUUAACCCACAGAAACUGAGAUACUAAAUGUGUUGUUUUAAGCUA